ACCCAGGAGGGGUGGGGGGAAGGGGCCGGUCCGCGAUCAGAGCUUUGUCGUGCGGAACUGGCUGGGCGAGGUAGCGUGCGGCUGCUCCCGCCUGCUCUGGCCAAUGGCACCCGCGCCUCCCCGCUGUGCGUAAGAGCGCAAUUAAGGAUUUAACCAAGCCUGUGCUGCGCCGCAGCCAGCAGUCUGCCCGCGCCGCCGCCAGACGCGGAGACUCCACCGCCUCCCCCAGGCAUGUCUGCUCGGCGCUGAGCGCCGCCGCCCGCCCGCCCGCCCGGCCCGGCCCGGCCCGGCGCGGCCCGCAAUGACCGGCGUCUUCGACAGGCGGGCGCCCCCGGUCCGCGCCGCCGAGUUCGCGGCUCCCUUCCAGACGGCGCCCGCCAUGCACCACCCGUCGCAGGAGUCGCCCACGCUGCCCGAGUCCUCGGCCACGGACCCCGACUACUACAGCCCCGCGGGGGGAGCCGCGCACGGCUACUGCUCGCCCACCUCGGCUUCCUACGGCAAGGCGCUCAACCCCUACCAGUACCAGUACCACGGCAUGAGCGGCGCCGCCGGCUCCUACCCCGCCAAAGCCUACGCGGACUACGGCUACGCCAGCCCCUACCACCAGUACGGCGGCGCCUACAACCGGGUGCAGGGCUCGGCCAGCCAGCCAGAGAAGGAGGUGGCCGAGCCGGAGGUGAGGAUGGUGAACGGCAAACCAAAGAAAGUUCGCAAGCCCCGGACUAUUUAUUCCAGCUUCCAGCUGGCUGCCUUACAGCGGAGGUUUCAGAAAACGCAGUACCUCGCCCUGCCCGAGAGAGCCGAGCUGGCCGCCUCCUUGGGACUAACCCAGACGCAGGUGAAAAUCUGGUUUCAGAACAAGCGCUCCAAGAUCAAGAAGAUCAUGAAAAACGGCGAGAUGCCCCCGGAGCACAGCCCCAGCUCCAGCGACCCCAUGGCCUGCAACUCCCCGCAGUCCCCCGCCGUGUGGGAAUCUCAGGGCUCGUCCAGAUCGCUUAGCCACCACCCCCACGGCCAUGGCCACGGCCACCCGGCCGCCUCCAACCCCUCGCCCGCCGCCGGCUACCUGGACAACUCCGCGCCCUGGUACCCGGGCGCCAGCGCGCUCGGCUCCCACCUGCAGCCCCACGGCGCCCUGCAGCACCCGCUCGCCCUCGCCUCGGGGACGAUUUACUAGGGGCCGCUCGGGGGGGCCUCGCCCUUGCUUUUCCUUUGGGCCUUUGCCCCUCCUCGGACGCCGGGGUUUUGCCGUCGGAAGGGCUGGAAGCAGCGGCCGGGGGGGUUGGAGAGGGAGACCAGACAAAGGGGUCCAUGUGUAACGCUUGUGCAUGUAACUUAUUGCAUUUCAAAGGCAACCCCCCCUCCCUCUUUUAUACAGACGGACCUAGGGGAGUUUCUCUCCCCCUCCCCCCCCGCCCCUCUUUUAUUUUAUUUUAUUAUUAUUUUUAUUAUUUUUGUUGUUGCUCAGCUGUGGACACUAUCAAUGGUGCCUUGAAAUCUAUGACCUCAACUUUGCCAGAGACUUUUUUCCAACGUUAUUUUAACCCUGUAAAUACGUGUAGAUAGAGGAAUUAAACUGUAUAUUCUGAAGAAAUAAAAUUAUUUCCACCACCACA